AUGCCUCCUGGUAGGGAGUUUAUUAAAGGCUUGAAGGAGACGGCCAAACGCUAUCCCAGUGAUUUCAAGGAUGCAUUUAAAAAGGGCAACGUCAGUGUCUGCUUCAGCAGCAUACCCUUCAUGUUCUUCGUUGUAUUUGCUCCGGCCAUCACAAUGGGAACUCUAAUGGGCCGUCAAGUCAAUCCAGCAUUUUCCGUAAGCAACAGCAUUCUGGCCAGUGGUUUUACCACCUUGCUAUUCGCCCUGUUUGCCGGACAACCGAUUGCUGUGAUAGGACCGUCCGGCCCUGGUUUUAUCAUGGAGAAAAUGAUCGCAAACGAGGCAAACAACCUGGGCGUUCCAUUUUUUCCCUUCCGAUUCUGUGUCCUGAUGUAUACAUCGGUCUUUGGCGCAAUAUUUAUCGCACUAAAUCUCUCGAAUUUCUCAAAACACACGCGACGAUCCGUUGAGGAACUAUUCAGUGCCUUCGUCUCCGGCUUCUUGAUUGUGAAGGCCCUCUUUGCGAUAUUUCGACCGAUUCCCAGCAGUCUGCCGCCUUUAAAUGAAACCUCACCAAUUACCCCUGAAGAUUACACUCAGCUUCGAGGAGCCGCUAUAGCCGGAACGAAUGCUUUUAUAGCUCUUCUCAUUACCUGUACCUGCUUAAUCAUCAUGAAGUUCAAAGCAAGUCAUCUAACUCGUCAAAAGCUUCGAUUCUGGAUCGGCGCACUGAACGUGCCCAUAAACAUGCUUCUAAUGAUCGCUGUUGAAAGAAUUUUCUUUGCUGGGUAUGAAGUUGACCUCCUUCAAGUGCCGCCUGUUGCCUCGAUUAAUUACACUACGUGGUUCAUUUUCCCCGAUUGGAAGGAUCCCAUGAAUUUCGGCAAUGCCAAUUAUUACACUGUGCACGGGAUGGGUGUCUUUUACGGCUUCCUUCUUGCCUUUCUUAUAUUCGUUGAAAUAGGCCUCAACAGCACCUCUAUACUGAAAAAUCCGCAAGUAACCCCAUACAUUUUUUUUAGCAUCGUUGCUUUGAGAGGAGGAUCAAUUAAACCGAGCCCUCCCUCAAUUGAUCAUCUUUUUACCAACGUUGUGUUCCCCAUAAUGUCGAUGUUUCUCGGCCUCCCAAUCGUCUCCGGCGUGCCUGUCCGCACAAUCGCGAACAUGAUGGCCCUUGUCAAGGUCAACCCUAACCCAGCUCCUGGUGACAAUGGAGCCGUGUGGUAUUUGGUAGAACAGCGCGUAAACACCAUACUGGUAGGAAUAUUGGUUUCAUUGUCCGUCUUUGCUGGCGACCUCCUUCACCUUAUUCCUGUGGCUUCUCUAUUUGGAUUAUUUAUCUACCUGGGCAUCUUCGGUCUCCGUGGACUACGCUACAAGCAAAUAUUUGUUGCACUCUUUUCACGAAAGAAGUACUGGUCGCAAUGGAACAUCCUUGAUGGAAUCCCAAGGCGAUUUGUUUACCUUUUUAUGAGCAUAUGGACAGUUGAACUCAUCAUCAUGCUAACUCUUCUCAUUCUUGGUGAAUACGAUGAGUUCACACCAGCUGGAGCAGCAAUCCCCUUCGUUUUGGUAAUUGCUAGUCUACUUCGCGAGGUCGUGUUUCCUCGCUGUAAAAUCAUGGCUCCCUACUUGGAAAAGGUUAGUCUACUGCUUAAGCAAACUUAA